CCUCUAUCAUCAAUACCCAUUUCGAGUUUUUCCAAAAAGACUUCGUUUUUACACUUUUUUUUUUUUUUUUUAGAAUUUCUAAAGACCAAAGUAUCUGUGAUUUUUUUUUGGCCUUUUGAAGCUUCUGAGGUGACAAAAGAUGAACUGAUUCUGAAAUAGAACUAAGUUUUGCAAUUCAGGCCAACAUGAAUCCUGUAAUACCAUGUUCUGUCGGCAAUGUUUCAAUUAUUCCUGGAAUCACCUACCCAACAAGGAAGAAUAACAUUUUAACAAGACUCAGUUUGUCAAGGAGCUCUACAAAACCUCGAUCAUCAACUCGGAGAUUUCUCUUACCUUCAUUUGUUGCCAGUGGAGUGUUUCCACAGAACAAAAGGAUAUGCUCUUUUUAUAAAAAAUCUAGAACCUCCAUAUCAGCCACAGAAACAGAAGUAGCUGUAGAGGAACCGGGUUCGCCUGUUGCAGAUGAAGUUUCUGGUGAUAUUCCUUCAAAUGAAGUUGGAGUAAGUGAAGAUUCACCUCCUAAGUCUGAUGCCAACCCUGCUCCAGCUAAAAUCAGACGUUCAAGACCUGCAAGGAAAAGUGAAAUGCCUCCUGUAAAGAAUGAGGAUUUGAUUCCUGGGGCAACUUUUACCGGGAAAGUAAAAUCUGUCCAGCCAUUUGGUGCCUUCAUUGAUUUUGGAGCUUUCACAGAUGGGCUUGUUCAUGUUUCAAUGUUGAGUGAUAGCUAUGUUAAGGAUGUUGCAAGUGUUGUUUCUGUAGGACAAGAAGUCAAGGUGAAGCUGAUUGAAGUGAACACUGAAACUCAGCGUAUUUCUCUCUCCAUGCGUGAAAAUGCUGACACUGGUAAGCAGCGAAAAGAUGCACCCCUGGAUACUGAGAAAGCUGGACCUGGGAGGAGGAACACUUCAAAACCUAGUCCAAGGAAAGAUGGUAUGAAGAAAAGCACGAAAUUUGUCAAAGGGCAAGAACUGCAGGGCACAGUGAAGAAUAUGACUAGGAGUGGUGCUUUCAUAUCUCUUCCUGAAGGGGAGGAAGGGUUUCUACCCAUAUCCGAGGAAUCUUCUGAUGGAUUUGAGAGUGCUAUGGGAAACUCUUCGCUGCAGGUUGGUCAAGAAGUCAGUGUACGUGUUUUACGUAUCACAAGAGGAAGUGUAACAUUGACUAUGAAGAACGAGGAAGAUACUGCAGUAUCGGACUCAGCAGUUGGCCAAGGGGUUGUCCAUAAUGCAACAAAUCCUUUUCAGCUGGCUUUUCGUAAGAAUAAGGAUAUUGCUGCAUUUUUGGAUGAGAGGGAGAAAGUUCAGAAUGAAGUUCAAAAAUCAUCAACUACAAGAACAUUGGAAGAAAUUAAGGGAACUGUCAAUCAAGGGGAAACACUAUUGGAUGUUCCUGAUUUGCAGGGUGAACCAGAAAGCAUCAAGUUGACGGAUGAUGCUCCUUCUGCAGUAAAAUAUGCUGAAGAUGAUAUUUCUGAAAAUGCAGAUGAGGGAGCCAAGGCAUUGGAUGGUUUCUCAACAGCUACUGUGGAUGAUGAAAGCAACCUAGUCAGCAAUGUCUCUAGCCCAAAUCCAGUUAUAGAUGGUGCGACGGAGAAGGAAAUAGAGGUGGAUUCUGCCAUUUUGGCUGCUGAAGGGGAUCUAUCUACUGUAAAUCCAAUUAUUGAGGAAUCUACUCAGAUAGAUGUCACAACAAGCAAUGUAAAUACUGACUCACCGGUUGAAAUAGCUAAUGAAAAUGUAAUAGAAAGUGGUGUUGAUCAUGUUGUUGUGGAAGACAAAAAAGAAUCACAAACUUCUAAUGAAAAGGAAGAAAUUGCAGCUACAGUACUAACAGACAGCGAUGCAGUUGAACCUAGCCCUGAUAAAAUUGGAACUAUUACAGCAUCAGAUAUUGCAUCAAGUGCACCAACUCCCCAAGAAACUGCAGGGUGUUCUUCAACAGUUAAUCCUCUGUCAACAGAUAGAAAAGAAGAAAAUGAUCAAGCUCCCUCUCCUGAAAGUUCUGCUACUGAAGUUGUACAAAACCCUGUUGAUCCCAAAGAAGUGGAAGAACAAACACCUGCCACAGAGAAUGAAGAUUCUCUUACCUCACAAGUCGAAGAUAAAGAGGUUAGCAACAUUGGAGCUGUUCCUGGGAACAAUGACGGUGAUACUAGUUUUAGUGGACAAAAUGGCAAUUUGUCUCUUGAGGGCAGCUUGAAUGAAGAUGGAAUGGAAGAAAAUGAUCAAGUUCCCUCUCCUGAAAGUUCUGCUACUGAAGUAGUAAAAAACCCCAUUGAUCCUACAGAAGAAGUGGAAAAACAAACUCCUACCUCAGAGGAUGAAAAUUCUUUUACCUCACAAGUUGAAGAUAAAGAGGUUGCAAUUGCAUCCAAGCAAAAUGGCAAUGUUGGAGCUGUUUCUGAGGAUAAUGACGGUGAUACUAGUUUGAAUGGACAAAAUGAUGAGUUGUCUCCUGAGGGAAGCUUGAACAAAGAUAGAACAGAAGAAAAUGAUCAAGUUCCCUCUCCUGAAAGUUAUGCUACUGAAGUUGUAAAAACCCCAAUUGAUCCCAAAGAAGUGGAAGAACAAACACCUGUUGCAGAGAAUGAAGAUUCUCUUACCUCACAAGUCGAAGAUAAAGAGGUUAGCAACAUUGGAGCUGUUCCUGAGGACAAUGAGGGUGAUACUAGUUUGAGUGGACAAAAUGGCGACUUGUCUGUUGAGGACAGCUUGAAUGAAGAUGGAAUGGAAGAAAAUGAUCAAGUUCCCUCUCCUGAAAGUCUUGCCACUGAAGUUGUAAGAAACUGCAUUGAUGACCUCAAAGAAGAAGGGAAAAAUCAAACACCUGCCAUACAGAUUGAAAAUUCUUUUACCUCACAAGUUGAAGAUAAAGAGGUUGCAAUUGCAUUCAAUAAAAAUAGCAGCUUAUCAAAUUCUAAUGGACAAACAGGCAAUACUGGUUCAGACCAAGGCUUGAGUAAAGCAACAAUAUCACCGGCACUUGUGAAGCAGCUCCGGGAAGAAACAGGAGCUGGAAUGAUGGACUGCAAAAAAGCUUUAUCAGAGACUGGAGGGGACAUUAUCAAAGCACAAGAGUUCCUUAGGAAAAAAGGCUUAUCAAGUGCAGAAAAGAAGGCAAGCAGAGUAACUGCUGAAGGAAGGAUAGGCUCUUAUAUCCAUGAUAGCAGGAUUGGUGUUUUGGUAGAAGUAAACUGUGAGACAGAUUUUGUCUCCCGAGGCGAAAUUUUUAAAGAGCUUGUUGAUGAUAUAGCCAUGCAAGUGGCUGCAUGCCCUCAAGUAGAGUAUCUUGUUACCGAAGACGUUCCUGAGGAAAUUGUGAACAAAGAAAAAGAGAUAGAAAUGCAGAAAGAAGAUCUUUUGUCAAAACCAGAGCAGAUAAGAUCAAAGAUUGUUGAAGGGAGGAUUAAAAAAAGACUUGAGGAGCUGGCAUUGCUUGAGCAGCCCUACAUUAAGAGUGAUAAAGUGGCAGUAAAGGACUGGGUCAAGCAGACUAUUGCAACCAUUGGAGAAAAUAUUAAAGUUAAGAGGUUUGUCAGGUUCAACCUUGGAGAGGGUCUGGAGAAGAAAAGCCAGGAUUUUGCUGCAGAAGUGGCUGCACAAACUGCAGCAAAACAAGCAUCUCCACCAGUGAAAGAGCAACCUGCUGUUGCAGAAGCCAAGGAGACCGAGCAAAAGCAAUCAACAGUAACAGUCUCAGCAUCAUUGGUUAAGCAAUUAAGGGAAGAAACAGGAGCAGGGAUGAUGGACUGUAAGAAAGCACUUGCUGAAACUGGAGGGGAUCUUGAAAAGGCUCAAGAAUACCUCAGAAAAAAGGGUCUAUCUACUGCUGACAAGAAAUCCAGCAGGCUAGCAGCUGAAGGAAGAAUUGGUUCAUACAUUCAUGAUUCACGCAUUGGUGUUCUAAUUGAAGUGAACUGUGAAACUGACUUUGUUGGUAGAAGUGAGAAAUUCAAAGAGUUGGUUGAUGAUCUUGCAAUGCAAGUAGUGGCCAGCCCACAGGUGCAGUUUGUAUCCAUUGAAGAUAUUCCAGAAGCCAUUGUGAACAAGGAAAAAGAACUUGAGAUGCAGAGAGAGGACCUUCUUUCAAAACCUGAGAAAAUCAGAGAAAAAAUUGUUGAGGGAAGGGUCUCAAAGAGGCUUGGGGAGCUUGUUCUUCUAGAGCAGCCUUUUAUUAAGGAUGACAGUCUUUUAGUGAAAGACUUGGUGAAGCAAAGUGUAGCUGCUAUUGGAGAGAACAUUAAAGUGCGGCGUUUUAUUCGGUUCACUCUUGGGGAAACAGCUGAAAAAGAAACAACAAUACCAGCAUAACUUUAAGAUAAGUGCCAUGAAGCAUUAAUGGUAACAGGGGAAUCAUUGUAUGUGUUACAAAAGCAUAUGAAGUAUGGGGCAAGGUGUGACUAAUUUUGAAAACAGCAAUCUGAUUCUUCAGUAGGCAUGAACACAUUUUACGAAUCUGUAUCUACAUUGAGGAUACACGAGGACUAAAUUUUUUUUGUUAAUUCUCUGCUGUUUGUAUGCUUAAGAUAUUAGUGGAUGCAUUUUUGAGUUGCAAGUUGCAUAAAUUUUUUGUUACCUCUCAUGUAAAUGAUCAAUCCUUUUUAAAAACUAUGCGAGGAGUA